AUGGAAAAACUAGCAUUGAGAAGCUUAAGCAGCCAGGCUAAAAUUGUGGGUGCCAUCGUAUCUAUAGCAGGAGCACUUGUGGUGGUUCUCUACCAAGGUCCCAUAGUUGUGCGAGGCUCAUCAUCAUCAUCCAAAUCGCUUUAUCUAGCUCUGAGAUCACCACAAUCAAAUUGGAUCAUUGGUGGUGCUCUUCUUACAGCUAACUGUUUUGUACUCUCCCUUUGGUAUAUUAUACAGGGACUACUCGGAACAUCCUUCGCUACUGUCAGUCUCACAUGGGGCCUGCGCUUGAAGGGGCCUGUCUGUGUAGCGUUGUUCACGCCAUUGUCAAUUGUCAUUACAGCGUUUAUGGGUGUUAUUUUCUUAGGUGAUUCUCUCUAG